AUGGCUUCCACCGGCGUCAAGAGAAAGAGCGCCCCUGCCGCUGGUAAGGGUGUUGCCGACGGCAAAUUCAACAAGAAGGCCAAGGUCGAGUCGAAGAAGAAGGCCCAGCCCGUCGAGACCCCCGAGGAAGAUGACGAGGGAAGUUUCGAGGACGACUCUGAGGACUCAGACGACGGCGGCGUCCAGCUCACCCCUCGUGAUCGUGCCCAGCAGGCUCAGGCCAAGGGCAAGAAGGAUGGCGCCAAUGGCGCUGACAAGAACAAGAACUUUGAGAGAGGCCAGAACUCGAGAGAGUCUCAUGCCAUUCAGAAGAAGCUCGCUCUGGAGCGCAAAAUGGCCAAGCCCCUCGCCGACGAACUCGCUCGAACCAAGAAGAUCUGGGAGAGGAAGUCCCAUGUUCCGUCCGAGGAGCGGAAGCAGCUAGUCGAUGAGCUCUUCACCAUCAUCACCGGCCGCGUCAAGGAAUUCGUCCUCAAGCACGACGCCACACGCGCUGUCCAGACCGCCCUCAAGUACGCCACGGCUACCCAACGGAAACAGAUUACCCGCGAGCUGCAGGGCACCUACACCCAGCUUGCCGAGAGUCGAUAUGCCAAGUUCCUCAUCGCCAAAAUGGUUGUUCAGGCCGACGGCGAGAUCAAGGAUCUCAUCAUUCCCGAGUUUUACGGUAAGUUGAUCAACCACCCCGAGGCCUCAUGGAUCUUGGACGACAUCUACAGACAAAUCGCGACGAAGGAGCAGAAGGCCAUCCUUCUGAGAGAAUGGUACGGACCCGAGUUUGCCCUCCUCGAGCGCAGCAAGGACGAGAAGCCGACCUCCGACCUGGCGACUAUCCUCGAGCAGAACCCCAGCAAAAAAGCCUACAUCCUCAAGAGUCUCAACGACAUGAUCAACUCGCUGGUUCAGAAGAAGAUGACCGGUUUCACGAUGCUUCACGACGCCAUGCUGCAGUACUUCCUCAAUGUCGAGCCCGGCACGGAGAACUUCAACCUGUUUGUUGAGAUGAUCAAGGACGACGAGGAGGGUGAUUUGCUGAAGAACAUGGCCUUCACUCGGUCUGGAUCCCGUUUGGUGGCUUUGCUUCUGGCCCACGGUUCCUCCAAGGACCGCAGAAACUUGCUCAAGGCAUACAAGGACAACUUCGUGCUAAUGUCGGGUGACCCCAACGCUCACAUCGUGAUCCUCACCGCUUUCGAUGUCAUUGACGACACGAAGAUGUCAUCCAAGGCCAUCUUCCCCGAGCUGAUUGGCGACGACAAGGAGAAGGCGACAGACAACAUCGUUGUUUCUACAUCAAAUCCCUUCGCGAAGGCCACGCUUCUGUAUCUGUUGGAGGGCCAGACCCGCGCUCUCUUCUCCGAUAACAUGAGCGACGACCUUGCGAUUCUCAAGGAGGUUCAUGCAAUUCGCCAGACCACCAGUAAGAAGGACGCCGAAAUAAGAAGGAAGGAGUUGAUUGCCGUUAUGUCGCCUGCGCUCAUCACAGCCGUUGUCGAGGCUGCACCGGUUUUGGUCGCAGACCCCUUCGGUUGCCAGUUGGUUGCGGACGUUCUGCUCUCUGCGGAGGGUGACAAGACGGCAGCUCUCGAGGCCGUAGCAGCGGUCGCUGAGGGCGACCCUAGCGCGGAGCCCAUGGAGGUGGAAGGUGCCCCUACCCCUGUCCACGUCUCGCGGACAGCAUUUGGAGGCCGGUUGAUCAAGACGCUUAUUGCAGGAGGCAAGUUCAACAAGGAGACUGGCAAGGUCGAGUCCGUUGAGCCGCCAUUGAAAUUCGCCGAUGUUCUGUACCCGAUUAUCAAGGACUACAUUGUGGACUGGGCCACUGGCCCGAGUUCCUUCGUCGUUCUCAACAUGCUGGAAGCCGAGGACUUUAGCCACGCUGCUGAGCUGAAGAAGACGCUCAAGAAGCACAAGAAAGACCUGCAGAAGGCCGCCACUGAAGAGACGGCGGAGCAGAAGGAGGCCAAGGAGGCCAGGGCUCAGAAGGAUGGCGAGAAGGGCGCCAAGAAGGGCAAGAAGGGUGCAAAGAAGGCAGACAAGCCCGUGGGCAACCUUGGCAGCAAGCUUCUGUUGGAGAAGUUGUAA